UGUCUUGAUGAUUUUCUGAAUUUACUGAUUACCGUUUGGCGGCUGAUUUUAUAAAAUUUACAAAAAUAUAAUAGAAACCCAGUAUUUCAAAAGUUACUUUCAAGCUUUUCACGCUAUAAAAAUGUCAUCAGGACCAGAACCCAAGGCCGUGGAAGCGGAAAAUCAAGAAGCGGGAUCGAGUAUAUUUACCGAUAUAAUUUAUAGCCCCGUUAAUUUGCUAUUGACUGUAAACUGUGUUUUUAUUGUUGUAAUGAUAUAUAAAUUAUUAAGGAGUAGGUUUUCUAAAAAGUCUGUUGAGGCUGCGAUGCCAGAAUUGCCUAAAAUUCGUAAAGAUAUGACGGUGGCCGAGUUGCGGCAGUAUGAUGGGACUCAGCCGGACGGGCGCGUGCUGGUGGCUGUAAACGGGUGGAUAUUCGACGUUACGCGGGGACGCCGCUUCUACGGGCCCGGUGGUCCAUAUGCUACAUUUGGCGGUAAGGACGCCUCCCGAGGGCUGGCAACUUUCUCCGUGACGUCAUCAGACAAAGAGUAUGACGACCUAAGUGAUCUCAACUCUAUGGAGAUGGAUUCAGUUAAAGAGUGGGAGGCUCAGUUCCGAGAGAAAUACGACCUAGUGGGGCGCCUCCUGAAGCCGGGAGAAGAGCCCACGAACUACUCGGACGAGGAGGGGGAAGACACCGACCCCCCCACCGCCAACUCCGUCGACAAAAAGGACAACUAAUUACAACAACUUAUUUAUUUUUACACAUCUAUUCGAAUUAAGGUUCCGGUACACUUGAGCGUUUACUUGUAACAUAAAAAGUUCUCUGUUUUUAUAACACGGAUACUAAAAAUGACACUUCUAUCGGCUAUCACGUUCGUGAUAUUUAUAUCAUAGACGAAAC